AUGGCUCCGCCGCAGGACGAACCUUUCUCAGAGGACGAGCAGUCCGAAAGCCCCUAUUCAUCAGACUUUGACUCCGAUGAUGCCUCAACAACACAGAAGAAGCCCGUAAUUGCGGUGCAAGACAAGGACUCUGACGAAGAAGACCUGGAACGAUUGGUUUUCGGCAGCAAAGUCAGCUUCGGAGACAGUCUCUUCAAGAACAAUGCGCUGUUUGGGGCUUCGGACGAGAAGGAUGGCAACGAAUUGGUAUUGGCCGACGAGGAGGACGCAGGACUGGAAGAUAUCGACGAUAUGGACCUGUUCAUGAUUGACACUGCCCCCAGCGGCGCGGCGCCUCAAGCUUCGGCCACUGCGCCGGCCAAGAAGAAGGGCGAAGGCGAGCCGGCAGCCUGGGAGGACAGCGACGACGACCGACUGGGAAUCUCGCUCGCGAAUCACACACGACUGCGAAAACUGCGACUCACCGAGGCCGAAGACGUCGUGAGCGGCACAGAGUACAGCGCAAGACUCCGACAGCGCUACCUCCAACUCCAUCCCGUGCCUGCGUGGGCCAAGGAAGCAUCAGACGGCCGUCCUACCAAGAGGCGGCGGCGCUCAUCUGCCUCCUCCGGCUCAUCAGCCGAGAGCGGCAACGAGUCCGACAGCGACGUGUCUGCCCAGCCGUUGGAAGAAUUCCUGCGAGACGUCAGAAGCCUCUCCGGCGCGGGCGGUCCGUCGAAGCGGCGGCUUAGCCCAGAAGUCAUCGACAUCCAGCGGACGCGCGAAAUCUCCGACAAGCACCUUGCGCCUGUGGAAUGCCUGUCCUUCCACCCCGAGUACCCGGUCCUGCUGUCGGCCAGUACUGCCUCGGUGCUCUACUUACAUCACAUUGCGCCUGACGCAUAUCCGGUGCCGAACCCGCGAUUGACGUCUGUGCAGGUCAAGGGCGUCGACGUCAGGAAAGCCGAAUUCUUAUACCCCGGCGGCGACAAGAUCUUUAUCGGUGGGCGAAGAAAAUACUUCCACCACUGGGAUCUCAAAACUGGCGUUGUGCAGAAGACGUCGCAGAUUCAGGGCCACCAGCUAGAGCACAAGACGAUGGAGAGAUUCAAGCUGAGCCCUUGCGGCAGAUACAUGGGCAUCAUUGGCUCGUCGCGCAAAGGCGGCGGCAUCGUCAACAUUCUCAACGUCGGUUCCCUGCAGUGGAUCGCCACGGCCAGACUGUCCAGCAGACACGGCAUCGCAGAUUUCGCGUGGUGGAGCACCGGAAACGGCAUUACUGUCCUAGGAAAAGACGGCCAAGUCGGCGAAUACAGCGUCGAGAGCAGGAGCUUCGUCGGCAUCUGGCGCGACGACGGCUGCGUUGGCGGCAUCGUCAUCGGCCUCGGCGGCCACCAGGGCCCCGAACUCAUCGGCGAGGACCGCUGGGUGGCCAUUGGCUCCAACUCCGGCAUCACAAAUAUCUACGACCGAGCCACGCUGCUCACCAUGGACGGCGACAAGAACAUCACAGUCAAGGAGACGCCCACCCCGACGCGCGUGUUUGAGCAGCUCGUCACGCCCAUCACUGUGCUCACCUUCUCCCCCGACGGCCAGCUCCUCGCAUUCGGCAGCAGGGAUAAGAAGGACGCCCUGCGGCUGGUACAUCUGCCGAGCUGCACCGUGUACAGGAACUGGCCGACGGCGCAGACUCCGUUGGGGAGAAUAACGACGGUGGCGUUUGGAAGGGGGAGCGACUUGUUGGCGGUGGGUAAUGACGCGGGUAAAAUUAGAAUGUGGGAGAUUAGGAAUUAG